AUGGAAUCUCGCGUGGAGGGUGUCGAAUCGUCUCUGUCCUCUGUCCAGCAUCAGCUUCAGGAUCACGGUGUGCUACUUAAGGAGCACGGGGUGGAGCUCGGUUCCAUGAAGGAAGUGCUGGAUCGCCUGGUUACGGCUCAGGGUCGGGUGGCUGACGAACUCGCGUCGCUGCGAGAGGGGGCGUUGGGCGGCCUUGGUUCGCAUCGUCGACUGCCUGGCGAGGGUUCGGCCGUGACGGGUGGUGGUUCUUCCAGCCGUGGCGUCGAUUGUGGUGAGACGCAGUCGGAAUUUCAGCCCCGUAAGAUUGAAUUGCCAGUUUUUGUGGGUGACGAUCCGGAUGAAUGGACCUAUCGGGCUGAACGCUACUUCGGGUUGCAGCGCCUGUCCUCAACCGAACAAUUAGAGGCUGCGGUUUUGUGUUUGGAGGGGGCAGCCUUGAAUUGGUUUCGUUGGGAGAAUCAACGCCGCCUUAUUACAACUUGGGAGGAACUGAAAUUGCUCUUGUUACGGCGAUUUCGUCCCGUGGGUGAAGGCUCGGUUUAUGACCGAUUUUUUGUUCUGCAGCAAGUGAAUUCGGUUCAAGAAUACAGAAGGAAGUUUGAAGCUCUAGCUGCUUCAAUGGAGACGAUGGGAGAAGCUGCUUUACGGGCUGCAUUUUUGAAAGGGUUGAAAGUGGAAAUCCAGGCCCCUUUGAGAGUGUUGGAGCCCAACGGGCUGAUUCACAUGAUGGAGCUGGCUGAACAACUUGAAGCAACCCAAGCCCUCACUAAAGGCCUUCGGACUGGGCCAGCUGGGCCCGUUAGGUCCAGUCCAAGACCUCCCUUGGGCACUCUGUCUAUUCCUGAUGUUCAUAGUAAGGGUACUUUCGUACUUUCCCCUUCUUCUUCCUCCACUUCGACUUCCACGAUCACCAGCCCCAAACCAGUCACGGCUCCAGCCCAGACCUCGACGUAUCGAUGCCUUUCAGAGGCAAAAAUCCAGGAGAAGAAACGCCGUGGUGUCUGCUUUAAGUGUGAUGGACGUUGGACGCGGGGCCAUGAGUGCUCGCAGGCUGAAGUGCAAGUCAUUCUUAUUCAAGAUGACGCCAUGGAGGAUUCGGCCACUGAUCCGCUUGGGGCAGCCUUGGGUGUGACGGAAUCAGCGGGGGAUGCGGAAGCCCAGUUGGUGGAAGUUUCGUUGAAUGCGGUGGUUGGGUUAACUUCUCCCAAGACCAUGAAAAUUCUGGGCUCGAUCUUGGGUCAUGAAGUAGUUGUUUUGGUGGAUAGUGGGGCGACCCACAAUUUUAUUACCACGGAGUUGGCCCAGAAACUUGCGCUGCCGGUGUCCGAGACUGAGACAUACGGGGCACAAAUGGGCAGUGGGAACGCAGUGAAGGGGGCGGGAGUGUGUCGUUCGGUUCAUUUACAAUUACAAGGCAUUGAAAUUGUGGAAGACUUCCCUCCCUUGCAGCUAGGUAGUACAGACGUGAUUUUGGGAGUUCAAUGGUUAGAAACUUUGGGAGAGACUACACAUCACUGGAAAGAACAUACUAUGAAGCUUAGAGUCCGCGGGCAACCUAUCGUCUUACACGGGGAUCCUCUCCUACAUAAAACGUGUAUAUCGUUGAAGCAAAUGAUUCGCUUGUUACAGAAUGAGAAGCAUGGCAUGUGGGUCAAACUGGGUUGUACAGAAGUAUCUCAGCUUUUCGCUGUCUAUGCGGAAGGAGUAAAGCAAGUGUUGCAACGGUUUCGCAACGUAUUCGACACCCCAUCUUCGCUGCCGCCGCCCCAAAGACGUCAUGACCAUGCCAUUAUUCUUCAGCCAGAUGCAGCUCCUGUGAGUAUUCGGCCCUAUCGAUACCCCCACGGCAUCAAAGACGAAGUCGAAAAGUUGGUUCAGGAGAUGUUACGAACAGGAGUGAUACAACCAAGUACCAGCCCCUUUUCGAGCCCGAUUCUUCUAGUUAAGAAAAAGGACGGGGGUUGGCGUUUUUGUGUGGAUUACAGGGCACUAAAUCGAGCCACGGUGCCCGAUAAGUUCCCCAUACCAGUUAUAGAUGAGCUGAUUGAUGAGCUCCAUGGCGCUCAAGUAUUCUCCAAACUGGAUUUACGCUCGGGCUUCCAUCAGAUUCGCGUACGGCAAGAGGACAUUCAUAAAACUGCAUUUCGGACUCAUGAAGGUCAUUAUGAGUUCGUGGUGAUGCCAUUUGGGUUAACAAAUGCCCCAGCCACUUUUCAGUCACAAAUGAACGACAUUUUCAGACCUCAUUUACGGAAGCGGGUUUUGGUAUUCUUCGAUGACAUUCUUGUGUAUAGCCCGGAUGAGCAAACCCAUGUCAAGGAUCGUGAGAUCGUUUUACAAACACUGUCGAACCACCAAUUUUUUGCAAAUCUUAAGAAGUGUUGUUUUGGACAGCGGCAAGUUGAAUAUUUGGGGCAUAUCAUUUCAGGUGCGGGUGUGGCCGUGGACCCUUCAAAGAUCCAGUCAAUGGUGGAUUGGCCGCUACCAAGAACGUUAAAGGAGCUAAGGGGAUUUCUUGGGUUGACUGGGUAUUAUAGGAAGUUUGUUAAGCACUAUGGCGAAAUAGCCCGGCCUCUUACGGAGCAACUGAAAAAGGACCAGUUUAAGUGGAAUGAAGCGGCCACAAUCGCCUUUGAGGAGCUUAAAAAACGGCUCACUACAGUCCCUGUUUUGGCGAUGCCCGAUUUUACCAAGCCUUUCAUAGAGGAGACCGAUGCGUCGGGGUUUGGCAUAGGGGCUGUUUUAAUGCAGGAAGGAAGGCCACUCGCAUAUUUCAGUCAAGUGUUGAAGGCUAAAGCUCGGCUGAAAUCCAUUUACGAGAAGGAGCUUAUGGCUAUUGUCCUUGCGGUACUAAAAUGGAGACCUUAUUUACUUGGUAGGCGUUUUAUUGUUCGAACGAACCAAAAAAGUUUUAAGUUUUUGUUGGAGCAGCGGCUGGUUACUCCGGAACACCAAAAAUGGCUGGUCAAACUAUUGGGUUACGAUUUUGAGAUACACUAUCGACCGGGAGAGACCAAUCGUGCCGCUGAUGCUUUAUCGCGGGUCAACCAGGUCGAAUGCGCACUGUUGACAUCGACCACGUGGCUAGAUUGGGGGUUGGUGCACCGUGAAAUUACAGCAGACCCAUUUUUGUCUCGGAUUCAGCGUGAGUUGGAGCAAGGAAAACAGAUUGCUGGUUUUUCAUUAUCCCAGCAGCGGUUACUCUAUAAAGGACGCUUGAUUUUAUCUUCUUCUUCAGCCUUAUUACCACAUUUUCUAAGGGAGUAUCACUGUUCGUCUAUUGGAGGACAUUCUGGGGAAUUGCGUACUUAUCACAGGCUGAAAGGAGACGUGUAUUGGGUGGGAAUGAAAGCUAAAAUAUUGGAGUUUGUUCGCUCUUGCGAUGUAUGCCAGCGAAACAAGUAUUUGGCCAUGUCUCCUGGGGAUUACUACAGCCUCUUUCGCUGCCGGCACAGGUUUGGGAGGAAUUAA